CUCCAGGCGGACCUCCUCUUACGGCCGCGGCCCAUCUCUUCAUUUCGUUAGGCGGCCCAAUUAAACGAGCACUUGGGCGGCGAGAGAAUCAGCGAGGCAAAACCACCAUCACCACAAUGGCGUGGCGCUGCCUGCGGCUGCGGGCGGCGACGGGGAGCAGGGGGUGGUGGUGGGACGCGUCGCCGUGGGGGACGCCGCUGUUCGCGGCGGAGCAGCGCGCGACGCUGGUGAACGUGAAGCUGAAGUGGGUCAAGGACCGGGCGCUCGACGCCGCGGUGUCGCGGGAGCGCAACCUCCGCACUGCCCACCACCUGCUCGACCUCGUGUUCAGCCGGCCCGGCCACCGCGUCUCGCGCUCGGACCUCCUCGCCGAGAGGUCCGUUCAGAGGCUCUGUGGCUCCGCGUGCUCCGCGCUCGAGUUCCUCGGCAGGUACCACACCCUGUUCGCGCUGUCGCGCGGCGGCGUGUCGCUGACGCGCGCGGCGCUCGACCUGCGGCGGCGAGAGGUGGACUGCCUCCGCGCCAUCGAGCACGACCUCGUCGCCCGCCUCCGGCGCCUCCUCAUGCUCACCCUUCCCCGCUCGCUCCCGCUCCACACCAUCGACCUCCUCCGCUGGGACCUCGGCCUGCCCAGCGAUUACCGGGCCUCCAUCCUCCGCCGCUGCCCCGAGCACUUCGCCCUUGAGCAGCUGGAGGGCGACGAGCGCGUCUGGCUACGCCUCCUCUCCUGGGACGAUCUUCUCGCCGUCUCCGAGCUGGAGAAGAGUGCUGACGGCGGCGACACCACGUGCCUCCCCUUCCCGGUGAGCUUCACAAGGGGGUUUGGCCUGAGAAGCAAGUGCUUGGAGUGGCUGCGGGAGUGGCAGGCGCUGCCGUACACCAGCCCGUAUGCCAAUGCGUCGGGCCUCGAUCGCCGCACAGACGUGUCCGAGAAGAGGAAUGUGGGAGUGUUCCAUGAGCUGCUGCACCUCACUGUGGCGAAGAGGACAGAGCGCCAGAAUGUGAGCAACAUGAGGAAGCUGCUCGGCAUGCCGCAGAAGUUCACUAAGGUGUUUGAGCGCCACCCUGGCAUUUUUUACCUCUCCAGGGUGCUUGGGACACAGACGGUUGUUCUCAGGGAAGCUUACGGUGGUGGAGGCCAGCUGCUUGAGAAGCACGCGCAUCCGCUUGUUGCUAUCAGGGAAGAGUACUCCAUCUUAUUGAGGGCAGCGUUGCCGCCAAGGACGAGGAGAAGAAAAAGACAUGAAACUUUUGGCAAGCAGGAUGAGGGAUGUGUGGUGGGAGGUGAUGAAUUUGAACUUUCUGAGUGAAUGUGCUGUGACUGCACUCGAUCUCGAGUGCAUUUAGAUGAAGAAGAGAGUGAAACAACAGAUGAUUCAGCAGGUAUAUGCCCUGAUUGCAUCAACCUGGACUUGCAAUAUCAUACUGUUUGCACCUGUUCGCCCUUAUGAGUUCUCACAGCAAAACAAAAAUGUGAUGUAUUUAUCCUCUAGAAUGCUAGCUUGUUUAUCAUUUCUGCCUUUUGUAGAAUUGCAGUUUGACUUAGCUUAGUUGUUGUACAACUGCACUCCAUUGUUGUUAUGGACUAAGAAAAUUAGAAUUGUGAUUCAUUUGAUUCAAUAUAGCUUGUUCAACUGACA